CUGACAUUGUGCUCCGGUCAGCACUGGCGAGCAGUUGAGAGUUUUAUUCAGGGGCCUCACCCUGACCUCGCGAGCUUAAAGCUUCUCCAGUCGAUACGUUUUAGACGGUUUCUUCGCGCUUUUAAGCCAGGCCAAAAUGGGCAGUGGUUGUGUCUGUAAUCGAAAGCUGACGAUGGCCGUGAGUGGGUUUCUGAUAAUCGCGGUGAUGGCCCUCACCGUCGGCCUUUGUGUGGGACUGGGCGGAGACUCCGAUGCCCUCGAGGACCAGCCAAGAUUUACGAUCGACCAUGAGGCCAACUCCUUCAUGCUGGACGGCAAGCCCUUUCGCUACGUCUCCGGCUCGUUCCACUAUUUCCGGGCAGUCCCCGAUUCCUGGCGUAGUCGGCUGCGCACUAUGCGGGCAUCCGGCCUCAAUGCCCUGGAUACCUACGUAGAAUGGUCGCUACAUAAUCCCCAUGAUGGAACAUACAACUGGGAGGGCAUUGCCGAUGUGGUAAACUUCCUGGAGAUUGCCCAGGAAGAAGACUUCUACAUCAUUCUCCGUCCAGGUCCUUACAUUUGUGCUGAGCGCGAUAAUGGCGGCCUUCCCCACUGGCUCUUUGCCAAAUACCCGACGAUCAAGAUGCGGACCAACGACCCUAACUACAUCGCCGAAGUGGGGAAAUGGUACGCGGAGCUGAUGCCACGCCUCCAGCACCUGUUCGUGGGCAACGGCGGCAAGAUCAUCAUGGUGCAGGUGGAGAACGAGUACGGGGACUACGCCUGUGAUCACGACUACCUCAACUGGCUGAGGGACGAGACGGAGAAGUAUGUGGCCGGCAAGGCCCUGCUCUUCACCGUGGACAUCCCCAACGAAAAGAUGAGCUGCGGAAAAAUUGAAAACGUGUUCGCCACAACUGACUUUGGCAUCGAUCGCAUCCAUGAGAUUGAGAAGAUCUGGGAAAUGUUGCGUGUCCUGCAGCCAACUGGACCCCUGGUAAACUCUGAGUUCUAUCCUGGCUGGCUGACCCACUGGCAGGAGCAAAACCAGAGGCGCGAUGGCCAAGAGGUGGCCAAUGCGUUAAGGACGAUCCUUACAUACAACGCGAGUGUCAACCUGUACAUGUUCUUCGGCGGCACUAACUUUGGAUUUACAGCCGGAGCGAAUUACAACCUCGACGGAAGCAAUGGAUAUACGGCGGACAUUACCAGCUACGACUACGAUGCAGUGAUGGACGAGGCAGGCGGGGUUACAACUAAGUACGACCUCGUCAAGGCUGUGAUCGGCGAGUUCCUUCCAUUGCCCGAGAUCGCUCUGAGUCCCGCCAAGCGACUGGCGUACGGAAAGGUGGAGGUGACCCCUAGGUUGGCUCUGCUCUCGGCGGAAGGGCGUGCGGCGCUUUCCAAGGGUGGUGCCGUAGAGUCGACCAAGCCCAAAAGCUUUGAGGAGCUCGACUUGUACUCUGGCCUAGUCCUCUACGAGACAGAGCUCCCGGGCAUGGACCUGGACCCGGCUCUGUUGAAAGUAGAACAGGUGAACGACCGCGCCCACGUCUUUGUGGACCAGGAACUGGUGGGCACGCUCUCCCGGGAGGCUGAGAUCUACUCGCUGCCCCUCAGCAAGGGAUGGGGCAGCACUCUCCAGCUGCUCGUGGAGAACCAAGGUCGCGUCAACUUCUACAUCUUGAACGAUACAAAGGGAAUCUUUGGGGAGGUGAGUCUGCAGCUGCAUAACGGGGGCUACCUGCCCUUGGAGAACUGGCGCAGUACCGCCUUCCCGCUGGAGCAAUCCUCCGUUGAACUCUGGCGACGCGGGCUCAGCGAGCAGAAAGUCCUCGACUCAUUUGUGGCCAGGCAGCGAAUUCUUCGCAACGGGCCGGUCCUUUAUACUGGCAGCCUCGCGGUAACUGAGGUCGGGGACACUUAUCUGAACAUGGCAGGUUGGGGCAAGGGCGUCGCCUAUGUGAACGGAUUCAAUCUGGGGCGCUACUGGCCAGUGGCCGGCCCACAGAUCACUCUGUAUGUGCCAAACGAAAUCCUUAGGGAGGGCGAAAACUCGCUUGUUAUUCUCGAGUUCCAGCGAGUCAAUAAGACUUCCACAGGAGAAGACCUGCCCGCAGUCCAGUUUGACGCAGUGGCUCAGUUGGAUGGGGAGUCAGGAGAUGUUCCACUUAAAUGACGAACGAUCAAUUAAACUUUACCCGAUAUUUCGUUAUUUGAAGCAAUUUUUAUUUUUUUUAACAACCCUUGUUAAGCUUUGUAAUACAUUUUCUAAAUCUUAUCAUAUAUUACCUAAGUAAGUCUAUGCUUAAAUAAUCUGUUGUUUAUGUUUGGUUGACUGACUCGUUUUUACUUUCAGCUUGUCAAUAAUUGACUUUUCCGAUCCCAAAUUAAUGUAAUGUUUGUUAAUAUAAUCAUAAUUGUUCACAUCGUUAUUUUUUAUUAGCUUAUAUUCUCUUAUGUAUUUGUAUCCACAAUGUUGUUGGCAAAUGGAGAUUCUCUUAAUA